AUGGGUAACGUGGACUAUGAUUAUCCUCGUUCAGGUAUGAACAUGAACAACGUUAAUGAGAACCAUGUUCAACAUCGUGUGGAAAUUCCACCUCCACAGCCAUUCUUGAAGUCUAUGAAAUAUACAAUGAAAGAGACUUUUUUUCCGGAUGAUCCAUUGAGAAAGUUUAAGAAUCAACCAGCUUCAAGAAAGUUGGUGCUUGGUUUUCAAUAUUUGUUUCCAAUAUUUGAAUGGGCACCAAACUACACAUUUCAGUUCUUGAAAUCUGAUAUCAUAGCUGGAAUCACCAUUGCUAGUUUGGCUAUUCCUCAAGGCAUUAGCUAUGCCAAACUUGCCAAUCUCCCUCCAAUUCUUGGAUUAUAUUCGAGCUUUAUACCACCAUUGAUUUAUGCUAUGAUGGGAAGUUCAAGAGAUUUGGCAGUUGGAACAGUGGCAGUUGGAUCUCUUCUGAUGGGUUCCAUGUUGGCCACUGAAGUUAAUCCAAACCAAAAUCCAAGUCUUUAUCUCCACCUUGCUUUCACAGCUACAUUCUUUGCCGGUGUUUUGCAAGCUUCGUUGGGUCUCUUCAGGUUAGGGUUGAUUGUGGAUUUUCUGUCGCAUGCGGCGAUAGUAGGGUUCAUGAGUGGCGCAGCCACGGUGGUUUGUCUGCAGCAACUCAAACCAAUGCUAGGUCUUGAACAUUUCACCCAUAGUGCUGAUCUUAUAUCAGUUAUGCGUUCGGUUUUUACACAAGUUCAUCAAUGGAGAUGGGAAAGUGCUGUUUUAGGAUGUGUCUUCAUCUUCUUUCUCCUUAUCACAAGAUACUUUAGUAAAAAACAACCCAAAUUCUUUUGGGUAUCAGCAAUGACGCCGUUAGCGUCCGUUAUUCUUGGAAGCUUACUAGUUUAUUUCACUCAUGCUGAGAACCACGGCGUUCAAGUGAUUGGAGAAUUGAAGAAAGGACUAAACCCAAUCUCAAUCACAGAAUUGGUAUUCGUGUCUCCUUAUAUGACCACAUCUAUUAAGACAGGACUUAUUGUUGGCAUUAUUGCUCUAGCGGAAGGAAUAGCUGUGGGAAGAAGCUUUGCAAUGUUUAAAAAUUACCAUAUAGAUGGCAACAAAGAGAUGAUAGCUAUUGGAACCAUGAACAUAGUUGGUUCUUUCACCUCUUGCUACCUCACAACAGGACCAUUUUCGCGUUCGGCCGUGAACUAUAACGCUGGAUGCAAAACAGCAGCAUCAAACAUUGUGAUGGCAAUUGCUGUCAUGUUGACACUGUUAUUUUUAACUCCUUUGUUCUACUACACUCCUCUUGUGGUACUAGCAGCCAUUAUUGUAUCUGCAAUGCUUGGACUCAUAGAUUAUCAAGCAGCCAUCCAUCUGUGGAAGAUUGACAAAUUCGACUUUGUUGUUUGCGUUAGCGCAUAUUUCGGUGUUGUCUUUGGCAGUGUUGAAAUUGGCUUAGUCAUAGCAAUUGUGGUAUCGCUACUUCGGUUACUGCUAUUUAUCGCACGGCCAAGAACAUCUGUUUUAGGAAACAUUCCAAAUUCUGCAAUAUACAGAAACAUCGAGCAUUAUUCAAAUGCAAAUCGUGUUUCCGGAAUUCUAAUUCUAAAGAUUGAUGCACCGAUUUACUUUGCCAAUGCAAGCUAUUUAAGAGAAAGAAUCUCGAGAUGGAUUGAUGAAGAGGAAGACAGAAUUAAAGCUAAAGAAGAGACAAGUUUGAAGUAUAUUAUAUUGGAUAUGAGUGCUGUUGGGAAUAUUGAUACAAGUGGAAUAAGUAUGCUUGAAGAGAUUAAAAAAAUUUCUGAAAGAAGAGAGCAGCAACUUGUUUUGGUGAACCCUGGAAGCGAGGUGAUGAAGAAACUAAACAAAUCUGACUUUCAGAAGGAUAUGGGGGGAAAUUGGAUCUAUCUGACAGUAGAAGAGGCUGUUAGAGCAUGUAACUUUGUGCUCCAUGGAUGCAAAACGAAUCCCAAAAGAGAUGAAUCAGAGGGUUGGAACAAUGUCUGA